CCUGCGUUUGACAACUGGCUUGUCAUUGCAGCUGAUCAAUGAUCUAGUUGGAUUGGAUGAGAAGCUGUCGUCUGAAAUCCAGCAGCUUUUGAGCCAGAAUAGUCUGGAUGCUGGGUCAAUCACGGAAAAAGAUAAACUAAUCUCUGAGGUUAAAAAAGUUCCAAUUCGAUUGAGCAAGCAGUCUAAAGCUGGACAAAGAACAGAAGAAAAGGUCACUGAUCACACAAUUUCUGGGGACUCCGAGUCAGAUACAGAUGAAGAAGCAGCGUUCCAAUAUUAUAAAGAUAUGGAGGAGAGGCUGACUCAAAAGAGAAAGAGAGCUCAACAUGACAGCAAUGAGGACAGUCCUGUGGUAAAGGAAGUACUUGGUCCAGAUGGAAAGAGAAAGAUCACAUACCAGAUUGCUAAGAAUAAAGGUCUCACACCCAAAAGGAAGAAGAUUGACCGUAAUCCCCGAGUCAAACACCGAGAGAAAUUCAGACGUGCUAAAAUACGAAGGAAAGGCCAGGUACGUGAAGUCCGUACAGAAGUGCAUCGAUAUGGUGGUGAGCUGUCUGGUAUCCGUGUCGGUGUUAAGAAGAGCACCAAGCUUCAGUAACUUUGUUGCUUCCUGCAAACAUCUGCAAAUUGAAAGUCAGGGAAACGGCUGCUCUGUCUCUUUGUAAUGUAUUUAUAGAGUUUAAUAAAUUGUGUAUUUUUACUGUGCUUAUGUAUUAGUAAAGCACAUUUACUGA